AUGAUGGUCCUGCGGGCCCUGCAGCGCACCGCGCCCGUGCGCGCCUACGCGAGAUCACUCGAAACCCACCCGCUGCCGACGAAGUGCGCGACGAGCGGUGCAUUGAUGGUAGUGUCAGAUGUGAUGCGUCAGAAACUCGAGAAGCGCGACGCCGACGACGCCGAGCCGUUUCGCUGGGACGCGGCGCGGUCUUCCCGACUCGCGCUGUGGGCGGUCGUGUUCCACGCCCCGUAUCUCCAUUGGCUCCAUCCAUGGUAUGAAAAAAUGUGGCUAAGGUACCGAAUCCGGUCGACGGUCGUCAAGGUCGCGCUCGACCAGACGCUGAUGGCGCCCCCGUUUCUGUUUUGUUUUCUCACCUACUCGGCGCUCGCCGAGGGCUCGGACCCCGGCCACCGAGUUCGGGAGCAGCUUCCCGCGCUCUGGACCGAUAGCGUCUGGUUCUGGUCCCUCGCGCAUUGCGUCACGUUCAACCUUCCCGUCCCAGUGCGCGUCCUCUGGCAGGACGUCGCCCGGAUCUACUUCGGGUCCUUGAUGAGCCUGCGUGCGAACGCACCACUCGCCGGCGAGGUACGACGGCAUAAGUCUAGCUAG